AUGAAAACGGCAAAAGCAAACGCCGCGGUUAUCGACAGUUACUUGCAAGAAGAAUGCGCGGCAGCACGUAUCUCGUGUCCUGACGAGCGUAGAGCAGCGGAGGCUCACAUCAGCCCUAUGGAUGUAAUUCCAAAAGCUCACCAACCAGGUCGAUGGCGCCUUAUCGUAGAUUUGUUAUCCCCUCGCGCAGCGAGCGUCAACGACGGCAUUGCACCUAACUUGUGCUCCCUCUCAUACGUUAGUAUAGACGUGGCGGCACGGAAAAUAUGCGAGCUGGGAACAGGGGCUAUGAUGGCAAAGCUUGAUAUACAGAGCGCAUAUCGACAUAUCCCCGUUCACCCAGACGAUCGUCAUCUCUUGGGAAUAUCGUGGAAAGGCAAGGUGUACCUCGACCGAGCUUUACCUUUUGGCUUGCACUCGGCCCCCAAGAUAUUUUCUGCUGUAGCAGAUGCGCUAAUGUGGAUUAUGUCCUGCCGAGGCAUAACAGCCGGCAUGCAUUAUUUGAACAAUUUUCUAUUUUUCGGACGUCCGCAAGCAUCGGAAUGCGAUGAGAGCCUUGCAAAAGCAUUAAGCAUAUGCAACGAGCUAGGCGUGCCAGUAGCUACAAACAAGCUCGAGGGGCCCACAGCGUGCUUGACAUUUUUGGGUUUGCAGCUCGACUCGCAGGAUGGGAUCAUCAGCUUACCAGCCGUUAAGCUGCAGAAAGUAAAAUCCACAAUUGCGGAAUGGCUAACGCGCCGCGCCUGCACGAAGCGCCAGCUACUCUCUCUCUGA